AAUUCUGAAAAUUUACAUAAUUAUUAAAUGAAAAAUUUCCAAAAAAAUUUCUUUUAUUAAAAUAAAUUUAUUUCAAGGAAUAAAGAAAAAAAAUUUAACAAUUUUUUUGUUAUUCACCAUGAUGAAUGUGUAGAAAAAUGAAUUGAGGGAUAAAAGUAAUAAAAAUAAUAAAUUCAAAUGAUAAGUAAAAAUUAUUAAAAUGACAAUUCACUGUCGAUGAAGGAGCGAAAAUUUUAUUGUUGAUGAAAGAUUUUUUUUUUCUUUCAUUUAAUAAUGGAAAGAAGUACAUUGCAAGUUUAUAUCAUCUCAGUUAAUGAAAUUGCUACAACCAAUUGAGAACAUUUGGAAUAACUUUGGGGAAUUUUCCUAAGGAAUAAAAAUGAAUUUGACAUCGAGUAAGAAUUUCAGCUUUAUCGUUGAGGACGAUCCUUAUAUUCCUUAUGAGUUAAGACCAGAAACGUAUAUUGUGCCGAUAGUAUUUCUCAUUAUAUUGAUUGUCGGAGUCGUUGGAAAUGGAAUUCUUGUGCUUACAUUACUUCGUUAUCCAAGCUUGAGAAACAUUCCAAACAUUUAUGUGCUUUCUUUAGCACUCGGCGACCUUUUGGUUAUAAUAACAUGCGUUCCAUUUACAUCGAUUGUAUACACAAUCGAAUAUUGGCCCUGGGGUUUAGCAGUUUGCAAGAUUUCAGAAUGGGCCAAGGAUGUAUCAAUAGGAGUUUCUGUUUUUACAUUAACUGCUUUAUCAGCAGAAAGAUACUGUGCAAUUGCUGAUCCUUUAAGGAGUCACGUUUCGGGAUUGAAUGCGAAACCAUUGACUGUCUUGAUAGCAAUAUUGAUAUGGGUACUGGCAACAAUAUUUGCAAUGCCAGGAAUUUUAUUCUCCUAUGUUCAUUCACAGCCCCUGAAAGGAAAUCGUAGCAUCAUGAUUUGCAGUCCUUUUCCCGAGGAAUUCGGUGACAAUUACAAGAAGGGCAUAGUUCUUUUCAAGUUCCUCGCCUAUUAUGCAAUACCAUUGUGCAUUAUAUCGGGAUUUUAUUUGGGUAUGGCUCGGCAUCUCGAACUUUCAACGAGAAAUAUGCCUGGGGAAAUUCCUGGCGCUACUCAACAUUGUGAACAAAUACGUAGUCGGAAAAAGGCCGGCAAGAUGGUGAUAUCGUUUGUAGUAAUAUUCUUCAUUUGCUUUCUUCCUUAUCAUAUAUUUAUGCUCUGGUUCUACUUCUAUCCAUAUUCACACGACACGUUUGAUGAUUACUGGCAUGCCUUUCGGAUAAUCGGCUUUUGCCUCAGUUUCAUUAAUAGUUGCGUCAAUCCCAUUGCACUCUAUUUUAUUAGUGGUACUUUUCGAAAAAAGUACAACGACUAUCUUUGUUGUUGCAUCGCGAGCAGAAGAAGUUCCAAUAGAGAACUGUCACGCUCAAGAGGAAACAAUACGAGUAGAAAUUUUGAAACGAGUUUUAAUUCAACUUUCCGUAGAAAUACGCAGGAGCUUAACUCGGUUGCAUUUCUUGGUAUUGAAAGUGAAUCCAAACCCACCUGAGGUCAAAUUUUUUUUAAAAAACGCUCCCGCAUUCUAAAAAAUAAUCCCCCUCAUCAAGAUGUAUAAAGUAUAAAUAAAAAUAUGUUCAUUUAAAAAAAAAAAAAAAAAAAAAUUAUAUACAUCGACUUUUAUGUAUAAUUACUUAUCGAAAUUAAUAUUUAAAAAAA